AUGGGACUACGAGAGUUGACGAUCAGGGAUGAGCGACCGCUUCAAGAGAUUGCAGAUAUCCUAGCAGGAUCACACAAGGUUCUGCUCGUCACGGGUGCUGGUAUAAGCACAAGCUGCGGCAUCCCGGACUUCCGGUCAAAGGAUGGCCUUUACAACAUUAUCCCGGAACAAGCUUUGCUAACACCACCGCCGUCGCGACCUUCCACACCAUCGAGGUGCGCUAUUGCCGACGACGAUAGCUUCCUGUCCUCGCAAUCCUCACACUCCUCUCGUUCAAGUCAACGAUCGUCUGCGAGUCCUUCAUCUAAGCUGAGAGGACAGGACCUGUUCGAUUCUCGGGUGUUUCAAAAUGCAGCAUCUACAACCAUGUUCUACCAGUUCAUUGCUUCUCUGCGGCAGAGGAUACGCGACGAAGUGCGGUCCACGAGUUCCACUCACAAGUUUGUCCGCGUUCUACGCGACGGCGGUCGCUUGAUGCGCUGUUAUACCCAGAAUAUUGAUGGACUAGAAGCAAGAGAGGGUUUGGUGACUGAUCUCAGCCGUGGGAAGGGCAACAAGCGACGGUUCAUGAAGAAACACUACGAGGUACCUCGCCCUGCACAUACCGCAGGCACAGAUUUUGAUGGAGGUUGCGAAGUGGUGCAGCUUCAUGGCGACCUCGAAAAGCUGCGCUGCACCAUGUGCGCGAAGCAAAUGGAUUGGACAGACGAAGAGACUGAAAUCUAUCUUGACGGUGCAGCGCCUAGCUGUCAGAGCUGCAGAAUGAAGAGUGAAGAAAGACAAGCAAGCGGAAAGAGAGGACUGGCAGUGGGAUCUCUCAGACCAAACAUCGUCUUGUAUGGUGAAGACCAUCCUUCCAACACUUUACUUACUCCUUUGAUACCUUUCGACGCCAACUGUCAACCCGAGGUAAUGGUCAUCAUGGGAACAUCCCUGAAAGUGUUUGGGCUGCAAAAGAUUGUCCGAGAGUUCGCAAAAGCCAUCCAUGCUCAGAAGAACGGAAAGGGGCGGGUGAUCUUCGUGAAUCGGACGCGACCUGCAGAAACAACUUGGGACGGUGUCAUUGACGAUUUUGUGGCCAUGGAUUGCGACGAGUGGGUGGAGGAUGUGAGGAGGCGGCGUCCUGAUAUCUGGCUGCGACAAGGCGACCUUGACUUGAAAGUCACAAAGUCGUCGCAACCAAAGCGGAAGAGGAAAUCGAUGGAUGACGAGAGCGACGCCGAAACAAAACCUACAAAGAAGACGAAAGUCACCGUGGAAAUACCCAAUGCCGCAUCGUCCAAACCGAAGAUUGUACCGAGCACACCUUCCGGCAAGAAAAUGAGCCAGCAGAGGUACAAGCUACCGCCCAACUACCCCGGCCGAUCUAUUCUUUCACCUUUAGCACAAGCUAGACGCCCGCCAGUCUCACCAUUGUCGAGUCCGGUUCGAGGAGAUGAUUACCGAGAACAAUUGACUCCUGUCGGACGAGGGACCCCUAAGAGGCCAGCAUUCUCACCCUUUACCCCUGGAGUUCUAUCUGGCAGCAAAUUGAGGAUCGAAGUGUUCCACGAUGAGGAAGAGGAGAACAGGAAUGCACUUGAGGCUGUGAUUGAAGAGUCGGACCUCGAGGCCGAGUCCUCCCCAGUUCCAUCGGAGACUGGUACGCAAGACAAGAAGCAUUGGACAGCAUACACACCGCCAGUCUCCAACUUUGUGGCCAAAGUAUGGCAACGACUACCCGGGAAGAGAGUACUUCCCUAUUCGAAGCAGAUGGAUGAGAUGGAGGAAUUGGCACAUGAUGAGGAGGACGGUGAUGUGAUUGACGUCGAGACUCCAUCAAAAGGGCCCCGAGGCCGAAAGAUCAAUGUUCUGGCAAGCGGGUGA